CCGUAAUGACGUCAUGACGUCGCUGGCGGGACUUGUGACGCCUGCUUCCUUGUUUUCAACUCAGCGCGGGAGAUUCAGGAGAAGUCGAUUCACUUGCCGUCGCCUGCCGGGAGUUUUUUUGCCAACAUGCCAUGUGAAAGGAAGCCUAUGCGCUACGGACACUCAGAAGGACACACCGAAGUCUGCUUCGAUGACACUGGGAAGUUCAUUGUAACUUGUGGAAAUGAUGGCGAUGUUCGGAUUUGGGAGGGUGUGGACGAUGACGACCCACGAUUCAUCACUGUUGGUGAAAAAGCUUAUUCUCUGGCACUCAAGAACGGAAAACUUGUGACCGCAAGUUCCAACAACACGGUCCAGAUUCACACCUUUCCUGACGGCGAUCCAGACGGCAUCCUUACCCGGUUCACGACCAAUGCCACGCAUGUCUCCUUUAACGCCAGUGGCUCCAAAGUUGCUGCUGGAUCCAGUGACUUCCUGGUUAAGGUGGUGGAAGUGUCUGACAGCAGCCAACAGAAAACCCUACGGGGCCAUGAAGCGCCCGUGCUAAGCGUGGCCUUUGACCCCAAAGAUGACUUUCUGGCGUCUGCCAGCUGCGAUGGCUGCGUGGUGGUGUGGAAUAUUGAAGAGCAGACUCAAGCGAUCAGCUGGCCUCUCCUGCAGAAGACCAACGACAUCAGUAACGCAAAAUCGUUGUGUCGCCUGGCCUGGCAGCCUCUCACAGCAAAGUUUUUAGCCGUUCCAGUGGGCACCAAGGUUCACCUUUAUGAGAGAGGGUCCUGGGAUCACGUGAGCACCCUGUCUGAUGAUAUGCUGACGCAGCCCAUCAACGUGGUGGCAUGGUCCUCGUGUGGACAGUUUCUGGCAGCAGCCAGCGUGGGGGGGUUCAUACUAGUUUGGAACGUGAGCAGCAAAUUAUGUGUGGAAAGGCACAAACAUGAGAAGGGCUUUACGGUGUGUGCCGUAGCCUGGCACCCAUCUGGCACUCAGAUUGCUUACACCGAUACCGAGGGCUGUUUGGGCCUACUGGAUGGUUUCAGCGCAUCCACGUCUAACACCCCCAAGGCUGCUGCAAAUAAAAGCGACCGAGGCUAUGACGAUCUAUUUGAUGACGACGAUGGUGACGACCAAGUCUUGGAUGAAAGAUGGAGCGAUGCCAAGUCCCCUUCUAAGAAGAAAGCAGUCAUUGGCGUCAAGGAGGAUGACGAUGGCGACGACGACGAUGAUUUCCUCAUGCCCGCGACAGGGCGUGUGAGGAACAGAGGCGCAAUCCUGGAUGAUGAAAAUUCACUCGAUACCGGCUCGCUGAAGCUUGGCCAAGAUGAGUUCGGACUUGACGACGGCGCCGACAGUGGCGCGAUACCCGCUUCGUCGGCGACCAUGCGGCCCGUUUACGACGGCCCCCAGCCGACGCUCCCCCAGAAGGCCUUUCAACCGGGCUCCACGCCGACGCAUCUCACUCACCGUUUCAUGAUGUGGAACUCUGUCGGCAUAGUUCGAGGCUACAACGACGAGCAGGACAACGCCAUCGACGUGGAGUUUCACAACACGGCCGUGCACCACGCCAUGCACCUCACCAACACGCUGGGUCACACCAUGACCGACAUUUCCCAGGAGGCCGUGCUGCUCGCCUGCCCCGCCACAGACGAACUCGCGAGUAAGCUCCACUGCCUCCAUUUCUCAUCCUGGGACACCAAUAAAGAGUGGAUGGUUGACUUGCCCAAGGGCGAGGAUGCAAAGGCGCUGUGUCUCGGUCAGGGGUGGGCGGCGGUCGCCACCAGCGCUCUCAUGGUCAGAUUCUUCUCCGUCGGCGGGAUUCAGAGGGAUAUCUUCAGCCUAUCGGGGCCUGUUGUCUGUAUGGCGGGACAUGGAGAGCAGUUACUCAUUGUUUACCACAGAGGGACGGGUUUUGAUGGGGAGCAGAUGCUUGGCGUGCAGUUGCUGCAGUUGGGUCGAAAGCCCAGGCAAAUUAUGGACGGACAACCCCUCCCACUCUCGUACAAAUCUUUCCUAUGCUGGCUCGGAUUUACUGCCGAAGGUACCCCGUGUUACGUGGAUUCUGAGGGUGUGGUACGAAUGCUGAAUCGCUCCUUGGGCCUCACAUGGACACCAGUUUGCAACACUAGAGAGACGUGCAAAAGCAAAUCAGACCACUACUGGGUCGUUGGGGUGCACGAGAACCCUCAGCAGCUCAGGUGCAUACCAUGUAAAGGCUCCAGGUACCCCCCUACCCUUCCCCGACCUGCAGUGGCCAUCCUGCCAUUCAAGUUGCCGCUGUGUCAGACAACUACAGAGAAAGGACAGAUGGAGGAACAGUUCUGGCGUUCCGCGCUUUUCCACAACCAUUACAACUUCCUGUCGUCUAGCGGUUACGAAGUGGACGAGGACGGACAGAAUCAGUCGCAGAAAGAACAGCAGGAAUUGCUCAUGAAGAUGUUUGCGUUGUCGUGUAAGCUGGAGCGAGAGUUCCGCUGCGUGGAGCUGGCCGAGCUGAUGACUCAAAACGUGGUGACGCUGGCCAUUCGAUACGCAUCCAGAUCCAAACGCAUGGCACUCGCACAGCGGCUCAGCGAGAUCGCUCUUGAGAAAGCCGGUCAGAUUCAAGAAGACGAACGGGACGAUGUCACGGAGCACAACAACAUCAGACGGACUCCAUCUGGGUACGACCAUACGGAAAAACGUUCCAACAGACAAGAGGAUGAACCUAGCCAGGAAGCCGAGGAGCAAGAGGACCAACAGGAAAUGGAAGCUGAAGAUGAAGCAGAUGGCCCAAAACGUCUGAACCCGUUUGCCAAAGCGCCAGGAUCGCCCCCAAAGCAGGCCACCCCACCCUCUGCUAAGCUUGGCCGGUCCAACCCUUUCAAGUCCAUUCAGGUUUCGCAUUCGGGGAAGUCCUCUUCUCUGUCCGGUCAGCCUCGCGCGGCAAACAUCCUGGACAACAUGACGUCCAACAGGAAGUCGGCUCCACUCAGUGCAUCUGCAGGGAAAUCAAACAAAAGCCCCGUCCUCAAACCACUCCAGCCGAGGCCAAAGACCAAGGCUCAGUCUACUCUGCUGCACAUGACUGGUGCAAAGGCAGCCGCUAAGAAGACUCGGGAGAGCUUGGAGACCCUUGGAGACCAACAGAAGCAGCCUGACCCCCCGACGGCUCCCUCGCUGACUGACAACUCCGAAAUGAAAAGACCUCAAACAGGCUUUCAGCUGUGGAUGGAAGAGAACCGGAAGAACAUAAUGGCAGACCACCCGGAUCUGGAAGAGACGGACAUUAUCAAGGAGGCGAUGGGGCGCUUCAGGAAUCUGUCAGCAGAGGAGCGACUGUCGUGGACGGAGCGAGCCAAAGUCCUGACUGUCGACGCUACGGACCUGAAGAAGAGGAAGCGAGCCGAGGUGGGAGGAGGCGUGGAGAAUGGAAUUGGUCCCGAAGACGCAGAUGAAAAGAAUGCCAAGAAGAAGAAAGCGUUGGAUACUUCCAAGCUUUCUGCCUUUGCUUUUCACAACAACUGAUUGGUUUGAUGCUUUUUUUAGCGUUUUUUUUUUUUUUUUUUUUGGUUUUCUGUGUUGAUGUUCUCUUGUUCUUAAAGAUCGCCCCCUCCCUGUUAGCUGCCAUGAUGAACACUCUUCAUUCAUUCAUUCAUUUUAUACCGCUUUUCCUCACGGGGGUCGCCAGCCAAUCACAGGGCACAUAUAGUCAAACAACCAUUCACACUCACAUUCAUACCUGUGGACAAUUUGGAGUCGCUAAUUAGCCUAGCAUGUUUUUGAAAUGUGGGAGGAAACCGGAGUACCCGGAGAAAUAAAAAAAAAAAAGUAUCAUUAUACAAACAUUUUCAAUAGGCGUUUUUUUUCCUGCAAAAACGAGGGUCCAGGGGUCUUGAGACACAUGCUAACUCGCAAACUAGAGAGCUAGCAACCUAAAACGGUAGCCUUCAAGUUAUUUCCUUUCAACUUAAAUAGCCAAAAACUUACCACUUCCACACUUAUAGGGAGGAUAACUAUUAACAGGCCAUAUCAAACUUGCGCGGGCCGCGCUAACAUUCAACUUUCAUAUCAAGGCGGGGGCCUCAAACUAGUGUCCUGCGGGCCACAUUUGGCCCGCGGGCCGCGUGUUUGGGACCCCUGCUGUAGAUGGAAAAGUCUAUUAUUAUUAUUACUAUCAACUUUACUCUUUUCCCCCUUUUCCCAUUUUUUUUAAUAUUCCAAAUAUUUCAACAUUUUUCAUAAUCUUUGUAGAUUUUCCUCUCAUAAUAUUGUGACUUUAUGGCAUAAUAUUUUGACUUAUUCCCAAGUUAUUUUUUUCCAGAAACGACAACAUUUUCCUCAUUGAGAGUUUACUCGUAUAAACGUUUUUCUCGUUAAAAUGACCUUUUCUCGAAAUAUUCUCAUAAUAGUUGUUUUUUAU